AUGAGGAGUCUGGGGGAGAGGGGUAAUUCUGGGGACGCCUUCAUCACAUGGCAGUGGGGGAUCCCUUCCCCGAGAUUAUGGGGGGAUAACCCCAGAAGCGCCUGGGGGAAGAAUGAGCGCAGGCAGCGAGAGGCCCCGGCGCUGUCAGCCCCUUCCCGGGGGUUUGGGCCGUUCGGAGAACACGCUGUGAACGCCAGCUGGAUUGCAGUGCAGGAGCUGGAGAAGCUGGGGCUGGGGGAUGACGUGGAUCUGCACGUCUAUGAGGUCCCUGUUGAGUACCAGACCGUGCAGAGACUCAUCCCUGCCUUGUGGAAGAAGCACAGUCCCCAACUUGUGGUUCACGUGGGAGUGUCGGGCAUGGCCACCACCGUCACCCUGGAGAAGUGUGGCCACAACGUGGGCUACAAGGGGCUGGACAACUGUCGCUUCUGCCCGGGCUCGCAGUGCUGCGUGGAGGGCGGCCCCGAGUGCAUCGACUCCAUCAUCGACAUGGACGCUGUCAGCAGCAGGGUCUCAGCCCUGGGGCUGGAUGUCACUGUCACCAUCUCCAAGGAUGCUGGCAGGUACCUCUGUGACUUCACCUAUUACACCUCCUUGUACCAGAGCCAUGGGAGGUCAGCAUUUGUCCACGUGCCUCCUCUGGGAAAACCUUAUUCUGCAGAACAGCUGGGCAGGGCCCUGCAGGCCAUCAUAGAGGAAAUGCUGGAUGUUUUGGAGCAUUCUGAAGACAAAAUCAAUUGUCAACAUGAACACUGAGCCUGCCCAGGAGCUCUCCUAGUAUUGCACUUCCUAAAUUUUUUUUUGUUUUUUUUCCCUGCUGCCGAAGUAUUAGGGGAAAAAAAAUGGUUCCAGACCCA